CCGGCGGCCAACUGGCGCCGUGCGUGUGGCGGGGUGAGAGGUGAGGGAGCGGGCGGGGCGGCAGGAAGAUGGCUGCGCUGGCGGCGGUUGCCGGGCGGGGGACGCGGGCUCCGUGAGGGGAUGGCGGCGGCGAGGCAGGCGGCGCGUUGCGGCUGAGGCACCCCCCCGCUCCCCCCUCCCCACCUCGCUCUGCCGGGCCCCGCGCGCGCUCCCGUCGGUUGAGCUCUCCCCCCAUGAGCGGGGCGGGCGGGCUGGCCUGGCGCGCGCUGCACGCCUUGCUGCGCGCCCUGCUCUGCCUGCAGCGCGCGCUGCUGGCCUGCCUGCGCGGCCGCGCCGCCGCCGCCGGGCCCCGCGCCUGGCUCUGGCGCCGCGCCGCCUCCGCCGCCGCCUCCUGCGCCCUCCUGGCGCCCGCCGCCGCCGGGGCUUUCGCCUUCCGCAAAGCCGGGGCGGCCCCCCGGAGGCGGCGGCCCGGGGCCGCGGCGCAGGGCCGACAGCGGUGGCGCUCGGACGGGCGGGCCCUACAGAAGCUGCCGGUGCACAUGGGGCUGGUGGUGACCGAGGAGGAGCCGAGCUACGCGGACAUGGCCAGCCUGGUGGUGUGGUGCAUGGCGGUGGGCAUCUCCUAUGUCAGCGUCUACGACCAUAAUGGUAUUUUCAAGAGGAAUAAUUCAAGAUUGAUGGAUGAGAUUUUAAAACAGCAGCAAGAACUCUUAGGACUAGAUUGCUCCAAGUACACCGUGGAAUUUGCAAAUCAAGACAAAGCUGAUCAAGUUUUAAAUUGCCAAUCUACAUUGAAGGUGCUGUCUCCGGAAGAUGGAAAAGCAGACAUAGUAAAAGCUGCUCAGAACUUUUGUCAGUUGGUAGCACAGCAGCAAAGAACAUACACAGACCUGGAUGUGAAUGUGUUAGACAACUUAUUAAGUAGUACAAAUGGAUUUCCUGAUCCUGAUUUAGUCUUGAAGUUUGGUCCUGUGGACAGCACAUUAGGAUUCCUUCCGUGGCACAUCAGACUGACAGAGAUCGUUUCUUUGCCUUCCCACCUGAACAUCAGCUAUGAAGACUUUUUCUCUGCCCUCCAUCACUAUGCAGCCUGUGAGCAACGCUGGGGAAAGUGACUUCUGGCUGAGCACAUGGAGUCAGACUUUCUGUGGGAAGGAAUUGAUGUCUGUUUACAAGCACCUGUGACCCAUACGUCUGGUUCAUAGUCCUUUCUUAAUUUAUCAACAAAUUCAAUAAAGUGUCUUACCUUUCUAGAGA